AUGAUGCUAAAGGAGAAAAUUUGUUAUUUCUGGACCGUCUUCUGUUUAGUGACUAGUAAAACUCCCAGAGUCCCAUUCAUCACAGACAAGAGUUUCAUAGAUGAAUGCGUCCAGUCUCACAAUGAGUUUCGUUCCAGAGUCGAUCCUCCAGCGGCAGACAUGAAACAAAUGAGUUGGAGCGCCAGUUUAGCAAAGGUUGCAAAGAACUGGGCAAACCAGUGCAGAUUCGAACAUAAUGGCUGUCUAUCAACACCAUACGCGUGUGAUUCAAAUUAUCAAUUUCUUGGAGAAAACAUAUGGAUGGGAACAGCAAACAUAUUUUCACCAAAGUCAGCUAUUGAGGCAUGGUAUAAUGAAACUGAACAUUUUACUUUUGAUAAUCUACAAUGUACUGAAGUUUGUGGUCAUUAUACACAGGUAGUUUGGGCCGCUUCCAAUAGAGUUGGUUGUGCAGUUUCGACGUGUUCUAGUACUAAUAGUUUGAACAAUCUAAUAUUUGUAUGCAACUAUGGACCUGCAGGAAAUUUUCAAGGUACACAUCCCUACACCAAAGGAGCACCCUGCAGUCUGUGUGAGACUGGGGACACUUGCAUCAAGAGACUCUGCAUAUUCAAAGAACAACAAAACCUGAAAGUGUGA